CACGCCACAGCAAGGUGGUCGUUGACGAGCACGACUGACCAUGUCCCUCUUACAUCUACCGAUCGAGGUUCUCCUCAAUAUUGCCGACGAACUGAAAUAUCCCGAAAUCAGCGCCCUGAGCCGCACAUGCAGCAACCUCUAUGGGCGACUGAAUAUCUUCCUGUAUCGACACAAUAUCCACAAUCAUAACGGUUGGGGUAUGUGGAGGGCCAUAGAACUAGGAAAUGAGUCCGCGCUGUCAAAAUUCAUCGAGCAAGGUGCCAACCCGUGCGCUAUGGAACGGGUGGGCAGAUCACUUUACUAUAACCCUUAUGUCCCGCAUGAGGAGUGUGCAGAUGAGGAAGACGAGCCGGGCACAGAAGAGAUCACCGAUGUGGCUCGACAGUAUGAAUGCUUGCGUGAUAACACGUUCCGAGUGGGUAACGGCAAGGAACCUGGAAACAGCGAUUCUGGUGACCGCGAGUCCGAUUCAGACGUGACGUCUCCAGAAAGGAACAAGCGCCCCCCUCCUCCAUACCGGCAACCACCUCGAAGCCCACCUAUCUGCGUGGCUGCGCAGGCGGGCCAUAUAGGUGUUUUGAAAAUACUCCUCGCGCAUGGUGCUAACCUAAAUGCCCGAGGCCACUACAAUAGAACGCCGUUAAUUUAUGCUGUGAUAUUUGAGCAUACAGAUGCGGUCUCACUGUUACUAGACAUGGGCGCGUGGCCGAACGCAUAUGACUUAUCCCGUCUUUCUGCCUUAUCAGAGGCCGCUGAGGAAGGCCUCGUUGAUGUGGCAAAGAUCUUACUCGCGCACCCGCGAAUUGAUCCGGAUCCGUGCUCAAGACAGCACCAUAUUGGCCGUCGACGGGCUUCUUCUCCCUUAUACCUUGCGGUCAAGCACCAGCAUGCCGAGAUAGUGCGGAUGCUUUUGCAUAGAGGCGUUGAUCCAAGAGUGGAAAACCUAAUUUACCAAUCAUGCCUAUGCGCUGCAGCGGAAAACGGGGACCUAGCAAUAGUUCGAAUGCUGUUGGACAAGGGCGCUGAAGUGAUGCCACCGCGAGACAUAUGUGAAGAGGGCACCUUUUUGAAUGCGGCGAAGGGCGGUAAUGCAGACGUGAUGAGGCUUCUGAUAGAAACAGGGACCUUUGAUCCCACGUUAACGUUCAAAGCGGACACAAUGCUGGUUCUGGCGGCCAUUAAAGGAAGCGAGGAUCUACUUCGUCUUUUGGUGGAAAAUGGCUUGGAUCCGGAACAACGGGGUCAACAUAGCCAGACGGCCUUGUAUGUUGCUCAAUUGUAUAAGAAUACCGAGGCUGUGAAUUACCUGAAGAGUCUACGCAGGAACGGCAAUCAGAGUCCAGGAACUAUUGACUAUGACUUAAUGUAGUUAGCUUUUCUCAAAAGUUUAUCCGAUAGUGUUGAAAAUAUCUCGGCUUCGAGUUCCGAUAGCAAGAAACCCUGACGCAAGACCAGUGAUGCCAUAACACGGUCAUUUCCUACUAUCUCCAUAC